AUGUCUUCGCCAAAUGAUGUCAGUAUGGAAGAAAUAAUGCUGGAAGAUGAUGAGCGAGACAGCAUAGAAUACAAGAUCCUAAUGGCCUACGCCCAGCGGCGGUUGUCUGUCAGUAAAUAUGGGACACUUCUGAAAAAUGAGGCUAAUGUGCAGAAAUCAUCAUCCUUAAUCAGGAGAAAAGUAAAGAUUAACCAUCAAAGGGAUAAAGAUGGACCAAGCCCAAGAAUAGUUUAUCAGGCUCCCAUGAUGCAACAGCACGGCAAAAAGCAACCGAAAACAAAAUACUUGCCAGGAUAUUGCCUACCUUUACUCUGUGGCAGAGCAGAGCAGGAAGAGCACCCAGUGCACCAAGGUUGCAUGGCACGUUGCUCCAUUUCUGAGGCACAAUGUAAGAUCCUUCAAGAAGGGAAUUCUCAGCAACAGACAAGUGAAACAGCAGAUGUCAACCACAUUGCAGACAAACUUGCCAAGCUUGUUACUUCCAAAUCCCAGGAAUCUCCUUCAGAUGGGUCAUUCAAGAUAAUGCAUCAUGCCCCACGCCAGGAACAACACGAUAGCUAUCCUACCGUUGGAAGUGAGGGCAAGGAACAAGAUGAAGAAAAGAUAAUACAAACAAUAGUUUCACUGUUAAGACAAUCAGGGGACCAACUAGAAGAAAAGAUCAAAAAGGACAGGGUUUUCUAUCAGCAUUUUAAAGACAUGCUGUCCUACACCUUCUUCAAGAGGAUCACAGAUUUGUUCCUGGAGGAUAUCUCAGCAGAUUCAAAAAGUGAGCCGGGAGGCCAAGUACAAUGCACAAAAGUUGCCUUUACAAUGGAAGUUGCCACCAGACUUACCGCUGUGGACAACCAUCCUAUGAACCUGGUCUUGGGCUUCGGAUUAAAGUACCUCAGAGAACACUUCAAGCCGUGGAUUCAGGACCAGGGUGGCUGGGAGAAGGCUUUAACUUCACUGGAUCAGGAAGAAGUAGAGUAA